GCCCAUCGCUUUCCCGAAUCGAGUCUGGGGAACAUGCCGAGAGGCGGGUCCUAUCACCGGAAGUGACGGCUGGCUCCUUGGUUGUUGGGUCUUUUUGGCUGGAGAGUUUCUCUCAGGAGGGGAACUGAUAUUUUGUGUAAACCUUACAGAGUUAGUGAAUAUUAUUUGCGGGUCAGUAAAUACAAUCGCCCCCGUGUCCCAGCCGCUGUUUCCCAUGCCACGAUGAAUGGACAGGACGAUGAUGAGGUGGACUAUAAGCGAAAAUAUAAGAACCUCAAGCGUAAACUCAAGUUCCUCGUUUAUGAGCAGGAAUGUUUUCAGGAGGAGCUGAGGAGAGCCCAGAGGAAACUACUGAAAGUCUCCCGAGACAAGAGUUUCCUAUUGGACAGAAUCCUGCAGUAUGAGAAUGUGGACGAGGACUCAUCAGACUCCGAUGUGACCGCCUCUUCAGAGAACAGUGAUAUUGAAGGGGGCCGCGGAGCAAGCACCCCCCCUACCAAGAGGAAGCGAAGUCCUCCUACUGGCUCUGCCUCCCCAACCUCAUCUGGCCUGUCUCUGCACACAGCGGGGGGCCCAUACCUAAGCGCGAUGAGCUCACCCCCUUACACCCCGUUUCCCUCGGAAUAUCUGGCUCCUCUCCCCAACUCCACGCCCCCCAAACCUGAACGUGCCAAGAGAGAUGUGAAGAAUCGUGGGGUAAAACCUAAGAAGCCCAAGCAGAUACCUCUCAGCUCGUCUCCCAGCUGCGGUGGGGUCCUUCCUUUCAGCCCUCGUUCAUCCAGUCUCCCGCCUCUGUCCUCCUCUAGCAAGCACACCCCACCCCCAACCAUUCUCAGCACCGUACCCCAACAGAUGUUCAGCGACGGAGGAGAAGGAAGUGGAGAUGAGGGUCCCGAUGGGGACGAGGAGGAUGAUCUAGUUAUAGACAUUCCUGAGUAAACACAUCCAGAUGGUGAACUUUAUUUCUUUCUUAACCUACAGUCUGUUGACCAUUUCCAGUAUUCUUUAUCUUUAAGGUGUAAAUACUUUUUAUUAAACUCGUCCAUGCUGAUACAAGGCA